UGUCGUCGCAGGGCUUUGUAUUUCACAUGCAUUUCUAGACAGUUGGUCAAUUUCUUACAAAUAUUUCUUAUUUUUUUCAAUAAAAACAUUAAAUAAAAUCCAAACAAAAUGCCGUUCAUGAAAGGAAGAGCUCCCAUACGUCGUACCCUAGAGUAUUUGAAUGCCGGCAAAUUGGUUUUAAAAAAUAAAGUGAAAAUAUUCAGUGUCAAUUACAAUACCUACGGUGAACAUCAUGAUGGUGCUAGAGAUUUUGUUUUCUGGAAUAUACCUCAAGUUCAAUACAAAAAUCCUCAAGUUCAAGUUGUUACUUUUAAAAAUAUGACACCCUCUCCCUUUGUAAGAUGUUAUUUUGAGGAUGGUCGUGAUAUGUUGAUUGAUGUGGACAGUAAGAAUAGACAUGAAAUUGAGGAGCACUUGAUGAGAGUGGUUGGCAAGACAAAAGAACAACUUGAUGCUGAAGCCAGAUUAGCCGAGAGUAAAGACAAUCCCGCCAACUUUGGUUAUGGCUGCAAUCGCCAUUGUAUUUGUGAAAUUCCUGGUCAAGUACCCUGCCCUGGCACAGUACCUUUGCCCGAAAGAAUGCGUGGUAAAUUUAUAUUUGCCCCCAAAUAAAAACUGUUAAUAAAUUAUUAAUUACUUAAACAAAAAAAAAAAAAAAAAAAAAAAAUAAGUUUAUUUUAGUAGAAAUUAAAGAUGUAAUGAUGACAUACAAACAUUGUUAAAGAUGUAAGAAAUGAAAUGAGAGUAAAAUUAAAGUCCAGAUUGUUUCUAAAGAAAAAAA